AUGAAACGACAAGAGGCAAACAAAAGAUUCUGCCGGGCGGUGUAUAAGGCGGCUGCCAUUCUGCCAGGCGCAGCUCUUUCGCCCGGGAUUCAAGGACCUCGCACUCUGAUCCAUUUUGCUGCUGUGACCGGCUUACCAAUUUCUACGGUCGCGGAGACCAAGGAGCUCCGGGGUCUGAACCUCAUCGCUGCUCAUUCGCAUAUUCGGGGACUUGGUGUCGAUGGGGAUUCGUUGCAGCCCAGGACCUCUUCGCAGGGUCUUGUGGGUCAGGAGAAGGCUCGAAAGGCAGCCGCAGUCAUUUUGCAGAUGGUGAAGGAAGGGAAUAUUGCUGGUCGCGCCGUGUUAAUCGCCGGACCUCCCAGCACGGGUAAAACUGCGAUUGCCAUGGGUAUGGCCCAAUCUCUAGGAUCGGAUGUCCCUUUUACGAUGCUCGCCUCAUCGGAAAUCUUUUCGAUGGAGAUGUCGAAAACGGAAGCCCUCACGCAAGCUUUCCGGAAAUCGAUCGGCGUCCGGAUUAAAGAGGAAAGUGAGAUCAUUGAGGGAGAGGUUGUGGAAAUCCAGAUCGAUCGGAGCGUUACGGGCGGCAAUAAACAAGGAAAACUCACGAUCAAAACCACCGACAUGGAGACGAUUUACGACAUGGGCACGAAAAUGAUUGAUUCGAUGACUAAGGAGCGGGUGAUGGCAGGAGACAUCAUCUCCAUCGACAAGUCAUCCGGCAAGAUCACCAAGCUCGGACGCUCCUAUGCCCGAUCUCGAGACUACGAUGCGAUGGGUGCUGAUACCAAAUUUGUUCAGUGUCCUGAGGGUGAACUUCAGGUGCGCAAGGAAAUUGUACACACCGUGAGCCUUCAUGAGAUUGAUGUGAUCAACUCGCGUUCACAAGGGUUCCUGGCUCUCUUUUCGGGAGACACGGGUGAGAUUCGGAGUGAAGUCCGGGACCAAAUCAAUACCAAGGUGGCUGAAUGGAAGGAAGAGGGCAAGGCGGAAAUUAUCCCUGGAGUCUUGUUCAUUGAUGAAGUACACAUGCUUGACAUUGAAUGCUUCUCCUAUGUCAACCGAGCGUUGGAGGCCGAACUCGCUCCCAUCGUGAUCAUGGCCAGCAACCGUGGCCAUACUCGAAUUCGGGGAACGACCUACAACUCCCCUCACGGACUGCCUCUUGAUUUCCUCGACCGUGUGGUAAUUGUUAGCACCCAGGCAUACUCAGCCGACGAAAUCAGACAAAUCCUAGCCAUCCGAGCCCAGGAGGAAGAGAUUGAUCUGUCCCCAGACGCCCUGGCACUUCUCACCAAGAUUGGACAAGAGUCAAACCUCCGAUAUGCCAGUCAUAUUGUCACAACAUCCCAUCUUCUGAGUCAGAAGCGGAAGGCAAAGGAGGUCAGCAUUGAUGACGUUCAGCGCAGCUACCGGUUGUUCUACGACCCUGCCCGAAGUGUCAAGUUUGUCAAUGCCUAUGAGCAGCGCUUCAUCGGUGACCAGGGAUUCGUCAACUUUUCCGCGGCAGCAGCUGGGGAUGCCAUGGAGAUCUCAUGA